AUGCUAUUAAUUCCUUUAAUUAUUAUAUUUAUAUAUUUUUCAAAUAAUGUUUAUUGUUUAUCAUGUUUUAAAUGUAUGACAACAAAUUUUGAAAAUGAUACAUGUUCAGAUCCAUUUCAUCCAAUGAAUAAUCGUCUUGAAAAUGAAUGUUUUGCAACAUCAAAUGGUAGAAAUGGUUUAUUUCCUGCAAGAUUUUGUGUUAAAAUAUCUGGUAUUAUUGUUGAUGUUGAUCGAAAUGUUAAUCGUUCAUUAUUACGUAAAAGACUUUAUUUACGAACAUGUAUUACAGAUAAUAUUAUGGAUUCAACACGAUCAUCAGAUUCAACAGGAAAUUUUCGUUUAAAAAAUUUUAAUCAAAUCAAAGGUGUAAGAAUGCAAGAUGAUUUAUUUCAUAUUCAAAAAUCAAUUAAUACUAUAAAUUAUACAAAUUCUAUUCAAUAUCGAUUAAUACAAAAUAAUAAUUCAUAUAUAUCAGUUAGUAUUGAUGAUAUAAUAAAAAAGAUUAAUCAAUUAUUAAAACCUAUAUCAAUAGAUGAAUAUGGAGCACAUAUUACACUAUAUUUCAUUCAUUGGAUUGAUUCAUUCAUUCAUUCAAGUCUCCGAUCGAUCAAUAUGUCGUCUAAUAUACCGUCUGUUGCCGUCAAUGGUGUUAACAAUGAUGAUCGAUUUGUCCUUGAAAUAGAUAUUGAAAAUAGAUGUUAUAAUGUAUUUGAUCUUAAUAUAAAAUGUUCUACAGAUGCAUUAAAAACAUUUCAUCGUUGUUCAGAUUCUAUACUUGAACGUGAUCCUGAAUUAUAUAAUAUAUGGAUUGAUGAUCAUCGAUUUUAUUCACAUGCUAUUGUUGAAGUUAUUGAAAAUGAAUUAAAUUCUUUACAUUAUAAAUGUUUAUUUAGUAAUCUUAAACCAUUACAAGGUUUUCGUUGGCUUGAAGGUUUAUUACUUGUUAUUGGAAGUUAUUCUAAAUAUUUAGAUGAAUUAAAUGAUAAUGAUCGUCUUGAUGCAUUAUUAAAUUUAUUUUAUUCUGCAUGGAUUACAUUUUUUAUUCAUAAUCGUUAUGCAAUAUUAACUCUUAGUUGUCCAACACCAUUACCUGAUGCUAAUAAUAAUAAUAAUGAAUGUAUAAUUGUUGAUAAUCAUGAUAAAAAAGUAACAAAUGUCAGUGUGCAUAAAACAGAAGAACAAAUAGCACGUCAUCUUGACAAACAUCUACCAAAUUUUGAUCGAAUACUUAGUGAAGCAAUUGAAAUUGGUCAUCAAUUAUCAUCAAAACGUUUACCAAAUCUUGAAAAAUUUGAAGAAUUUUAUCAAUUAUGGAAAAAUCCUUUGGCAAAUAAACGUAAAUCAUUAUCAACAGAUUUUAGUUUAAUAUUAGAACGUAUAACAAAUGAUAUAGAUUUAACAUCAAGUUCAGAUGAAACAAAUUUUUCACCAAAAAAAUCUAUUAAUUGGAAAAUGGUUUUUUAUGAUGAAUUUACUCGUUAUGCUGAUCGAUUUUAUUUAACAAAAAAAACAUCUCUAAGUAAACGACGUACAAUAGGUGGUGAACGAUUUUCUAUAAAUAAAUGGUCAUCAAAUAAAAUAAAUUAUUUUCUAACUAAAAAUAUACUUAAAAGAAAUUCGAACCAUGAAUAUGAAAAACAAAUCGAACAAUUAUAUCAAUAA